UAGCAAUGUCGUCUGCUGUUUCUUGAUCUACUGUUUACACUCGUGAUUCUCGUGUCUCUCGUUUUGUGUCUGCUGUUUGUUCAGCUUUUCCUGAUAAAAAAAUCAAUGCAAUGGAAAGUAUAAGCAAAUGCCAGCUAACACAAAAUAAAGGCAGGGAAACGCAAAUGACGAACUUGGACCAGAGCUGCCAUGCAGAGACUAGGACAAGGAGGAGGAGAAGUUUCAAGAAUUUUUCCCAAUGGCUUACGACCUGAGUGGCAAAGUGGCAAUAGUGACCGGUUCCAGCUCGGGAAUGGGUCAGAGCAUUGCCGUGCACCUGGCCAGGCAGGGAGCAAAGGUCACUCUGUGUGGGAGGGACAGCGGACGGUUGGCGGCUGUCAAGGAGGAAUGUGUCACGUGUAGCAAGGGUGGCCCGGAAAG